AUGGUGGACGAACAACUGAAUCAUGAUGCAUUGAAUGAACAUAAUCGAUUACGUGCAUUACAUGGAUGUCCUCCAUUGAAAUAUGAUUCAAGACUUGCUAGAGAAGCACAAGCUUGGGCUGAUAAUCUUGCACGUAUGAAAAUUAUGAAACAUAGUAUAUGUGAUGAAUAUGGUGAAAAUUUGGCAACAUCACAAUCUACUGGGAAAGCGGAAUUGACCGGGUCUCGAGCAACACAAAACUGGUACAAUGAAAUUCAUGAUCACAAUUUUGAUAAACAGUUUCAAAGUCAAACAGGUCAUUUUACGCAGGUUAUUUGGAAGAAUACAUCAAAAGCAGGAUUUGGCAUUCAAUAUUCAAAUGAUGGACAUCAUGUUUUUGUAGUAGGACGUUAUGAACCAGCUGGGAAUGUAUAUGGUGAAUUUCAAGAAAAUGUACCUCGACCUAUCCAUGGACAGUCAACUCCAAAAUCCAAAGAAUUUUCUUACAAACCUGAUGAACAAAAUGGUCCAAGAAGAACCUGUCGAGAUGAAAUAGUUAUUGUUCGAGAGACAGAUAGAAGAGACAACAAUGGUUCAAAUCAUAUUACAAUGGUAGAUAGUUCUAAACGAAACUGGCCAAAUGGAACGACGCCAAAUAGUAACAAUGAACGUACAAUUCGAACAGAGAAGAAGAGCCAACGAAAAUGUGCGAAGAGGUGCAGUAUUAUGUAG